AUGGCUGAAGAAACCUUCAUGAAAGAAAUGAAAGAGACGUUUGACGAGCUUGACACUGACCACUCCGGGACUAUCGACUUUGAAGAGUUCCACCGUGCUUUGGGAAAAGAUCUUCAAAGUAAAGACGUUGAGUCCUUCAAAAUGUUCUUUUCUUUGGCUGACUCUGAUGAAAAUGGUGCUUUGGACUUUCCAGAAUUUUUAAAGUUAAUGACAGCUCUCGAUGCUAUGCCAGAUAACUCAGAUAAAACACUCUAUGAAACAUUGUUCAGACUUAUUGAUGAUGAUAACAGUGGCACUCUUGAAACAAACGAACUCGCUCGUUUCAUGAGAGUUGCUAAAAAGGGAAUGAGUGACGAAGAAAUUAAAACCGCUUUAAAUGUCAUGGAUGAAGACUCAGACGGACAUGUUACUAUGUCUGAAUUCGUCAGUUUCUUUGCUUAA